AUGGCCCGCGAAACCCCGGCAUCCUCCAUCGCCGGCGAAAACAGGCCGCUCCCGAAGCGCCCCGGCACCUCGGGCACCGAAAACCUCCUCAAGACGAACCGCCGGCAGGCUUCGGACAACUACCAGCGCGCCCAGCGCGCUGAGCGUGCCUACCGCGCGAAAAAGCGUGCCACCGCCGCCCGCGCCGAUCUCUCGGAUGCAAAGACCCACUACACCGAGUGCUUCAAGCACCUCACCCGCGGCCUCGCUGUCACCUUUUCCGCCGUCAAGUCGCUCCCCUAUGUCUUCGACGAGCGCCAGGAGGCUGCCCGCCAGAAGGCCGAUGCCAAGAGGAAGCAGCGUGCCCUCGAAAAGAAGAAGAAGCUCGAGGAGAAGCUCGCCCGCGAGGCCGCUGAAGCUGAAGCUGAGGCCGAUGCUGCACCGGCUGAGGAUGCACCGGCCGAGGAGAAUGCCGCUUGA